GUGGAGGUAUCGCCGUUGGUUCGUUCAUUCGUUCUUUAUCUCGUGAUACUCGUGCUCCGCAGGACUUUUACACGCUGGAGCCUUUCGCGAUCCCUCUUUAGUAUUUCUUUAUACCAAUAAAUUCUCACUGAGAUUGUGACUGUAUGCUGUCCCCCUACUCGUCUACAUUUUAAAUCCUGUGAAAAAACUGUGCUUCGACGUGCAAUUGUUUUUAUUGCUAAUAAGUGCUUUUUAAAAACGGAACCUUGUUCAGUUCAGCACGUGCAAAAUGAGUCCAUCAGGGUUUUUAACCACGUUCCUCGCACUUCUGCUUUUCGCACAAGGUUUUGCAUACCCACAUAAAAAUGAAGACUAUCCAGAUGAUAAUCCUGAUGUGGAUGAUGAAGAAAAUGCUGGAGAUUCUGAUGUAAUCAAUGAACAAGAAGCGUAUGCAACGCCUCCUAAGAUUACUUCAAGAAAUGCAACUGUGCAAAAAAAUCCUGGCCAAACAAUUUAUUUGCCAUGUAAUACAGUCAAUGCAGAUGAAGUAGUAAUUUCUUGGAAGAUAGGAGAAACAGUGAUUUUCUUUGGAGAUACAUCAGUCGAUAAUCCUGAUAGUGACAGAAUAAGCAGGGAUAAUAAUAAUACACUCGUGAUUAAAGAUGCAAAGGAAACAGAUAGUGCAACGUAUGUUUGCGUUCUCAAUGUAAACGAGAACAAUAACCCUAAAAUCGAAUACAAAGUUGUAGUUAACAAUCAGCCUCCGACACUCAAAGUAUCUCCUGGUCACAAGAUCGAUCUCUCUGAAAAAGAUAAUAUAAUUUUAAAAUGCAGUGUUCCUUCUGAUGAAGAACCUCUGUCAAUCAUUUGGAGUCACAAAGGUCAUAAUUUACCCGCAACUAUGAUAAACAAUAAUCGCGAAGCAGAAAUACACAUAAAAAAUGCCAACAGACAUUCUGGUGGUAUGUACCAGUGUUUAGCAGACUUUGGAAAAGAUAGACAACCUCUGCAUACUGUUGUCAGCGUAACUGUGAAAUAUGCCCCAGAAGUAGAAGUCGUGAGUGAUUAUGUUCACGGUGGUGUGCAUCAGUCGGUCGAUUUAACUUGCGUCGUCCACUCUAAUCCUUCCGCUGACGUUACUUGGUUCAAAAUGAGCGGAAAUCAAAAAGAAACUGUUCGUCAUAUGCAGCACAGUGAAAGUAUAAGUGAAACACAAAUUCAUAAUCUCACUUUGAAGAAUAUACAGAGAAGUGAUUUCGGCAAAUAUCUUUGCACAGCAGAGAACAUGAUCGGAUCUCACUCAAAAGGCAUGGAACUCUCAGGUGCUCCAGCCAUAGCUAAAUUCAAUGGAAGUUACGUUAAAGACAACGACAGAACAAUCGUUCUUAAUUGGGAUAUUGAUAGUUACUCGACCAUCAAGGAUUAUGAAGUGAGAUACCGUAAAAAUGAAUUCGAAAAAUGGACAGUAGCCAAAGCGAAAGGUAGACAAGGAGUUGAUGGUAACAAAUAUGUUGCUGAAUUUGCCAUUCAAAAUUUGGAGCCUCAUACCUACGAUUUCCAACUGAGAUCGAAGAAUGACUUUGGAUGGUCACCAUAUUCCAUGCAACAAAGGAUCGACGGUCAAUACAAUGUGCAAAUUGCAGGAGUCGGACCAAAUGCAGCUUCAGGGACACAACCAAUGAUGUUUUUGGUAGCAUUGCUUCUAGUCGUUUCGUGCUUUACAUUUAAAAAUCUGUAAUCCAUACUGCAUUUCAACCCAGAUAGAUAAAUUGCUUCAGCCAAAGCAUGCAGCUCCGAGCGGUGGAUUAAUAAAGAAAAUGUACCUGCAAGCAGGUAGUUUCCAUCAAUCGCGUUCGACCAAUCGAUUUUAAAACGCACCAUAUAUUUUUCGUAUAGGUGCGAAUGCAGCGACUUCGAAAAGAGCGCGUUGUAAAUAAAAGUAUACGAUACGACUACCAGUCGUAUUGCGUCCAUGUAUAGUUCACGCGGUAUUAGCUUUUACUUUACCGAUAUUUAAAC